AUGAAUAAACCUACGAAUUUUACAAUUCAUGAACAGAUAGAAAUUGAAAAACGAUCAGCAUCGCAAUUUAGUGACAAUGUAUUCACCAAAUGCAAUAUAGUUAUAACAAAUAAAUUCGUAGAUGGAUUUGCACAAUCGUUACUUAACUGGAUUUCAUUUUACUUCCUCGGUAACGCAAUGGUAUUCGUUUUCCUUAUCCUACCCUUUAUAUUCUUUGUUCAUGCUUCCGGAAAACAGCGAAAAAUGCAAGAAUUAUAUCAAAAAAUUUGUGCUAGCAUAUUAAAUUUUCUCGUAUUAUCAUGUUUUUGUGUGAGUUCUACUCCAUUAUUAGCUAGAUUGAUAAAAUCAGAGUCUCCGUGCGUUGAAGCGAUUCAUGGUACUUUAGUUCCUUUCGGAUCCAAUUAUCAAUGUCCAUCUUUCAAUGUGGUUUUUGCUGGGGCGUUAGGGUUAUAUCUAUUUAACGUUAACGUUAAAACUAAGUCAGAAGAUGAAUUCGAACUUCAUUCAUCAAUCAAAGCCAAAAUCGUUGCAUUCCUCAACAAAGCAUUUCUCAAGAUAUUAUCCGUUUUAUACAUUUCAUUCUUCUAUUACUCAGAUAUAAUUUACGGAAAAUCUUCUAUCAUCCAGGCAACUUUUUCUGUAUGCUACGGUUUAUUUUUAAGCUUCUUAGUAGAAGAAUUACCUAUUUUAAUCAUACUUAUUAUCUUUGCUUUGUUAUUUAUCGGCGGAAUUUUUUAUUUGGUAUUUACAAAAGAUCCAACGUAUUUUCCGAGUGUUUACGAUGACUCUAAGAGAACCGUUUAUUAUGGUUUUAGCUACAUUAUCUAUACUUCUUUCUUAUUAAUCCGAUUUGUAAUUUAUAAGAAGGGAAAAAAGGUCGGAUCAAGAAUUUUACAGUCCGAAGAUAAUUCUGGAGUUUCUUCAGAGACAGGGGAAGCUAUGUUUGCUGAAUUAGACAAUUCGGAACAGAUAGAAGACUUAAAAGAUAUGCUAUCAAGGGAUAUUAUCGAUUAUUCGAUUGGAUUUGCAGAAUUCGCAGUCUGUUUAACCCUUAUUGAUCUUCAUCGGAUAAUUCAAGAUUUUUCUAAGAAAUAA